CCAUGGAGCUUGGAGGGGUGCUGACUGUCUUCCUGGGCAUUUGCCUCUCAUGCUUGGUCCUCCUCACGGCAUGGAAGAGAAUGCACAAAGAGGGGAAGCUGCCCCCAGGGCCAACACCCCUGCCCUUCAUUGGCAACUUGUUGCAAGUGAGCACAGAGGAGACCUUCAAGUCCUUCCUGGCGCUCCGGGACAAAUACGGCCCGGUGUUCACAGUGUACCUGGGGCCUCGGCGGGUUGUGGUGUUGUGUGGGCACGAGGCGGUGAAGGAAGCCCUGGUGGAUCAAGCGGACGACUUCAGCGGGAGGGGAGAGUUGGCCAGCAUCGACCGGAACUUCAACGGCUUUGGAGUUGCCUUUGCAAACGGGGAGCGGUGGAAGCAGCUCCGUCGCUUUUCUCUCACCGUGUUGAGAAAUUUCGGGAUGGGGAAACGGUCCAUUGAGGAGCGGAUCCAGGAAGAGGCCCAGUACUUGAUGGAAGAAUUCAGGAAAACCAGAGGUUUGCCGUUUGACCCCAUCUUCUUCCUAAGCCGCACAGUCUCCAACGUCAUCAGCUCUGUUGUCUUCGGCAGCCGGUUUGACUAUGAAGACAAGACUUUCCUCUCCCUCCUGCGCAUGAUCAACGAAUCCUUCAUUGAGAUGAGCACCCCGUGGGCUCAGCUCUAUGAUAUGUAUUCUGGCGUCAUGCAGUACUUGCCCGGGAGACACAACCGCAUCUAUUACCUCAUUGAGGAGCUGAAGGACUUCAUUGCCGAGAAAGUCAAAACCAACCAAGCAACACUUGAUCCUAACAACCCUCGGGACUUCAUAGAUUGCUUCCUCAUCCAGAUGGAGAAGGAAAAGGAAAACCCUUCCAGUGAAUUCAACUUGAAGAAUCUAAUCCUCACCACUCUCAACUUGUUCUUCGCUGGGACAGAGACUGUCAGCUCCACCCUGAGAUAUGGAUUUCUUUUUCUGAUGAAGUACCCUGAAGUAGAAGAGAAGGUCCUCUGGGAGAUUGACCAUGUCAUUGGACACAACCGCAUCCCGGCCUCUGAGGACAGGAUGCAGAUGCCCUACACAGAUGCCGUCAUCAAUGAGAUCCAAAGGCUGACAGACAUUGUCCCCAUGGGAGUGCCGCACACUGUGAUCCGGGAUACUCAGUUCCGGGGUUAUCUCCUCCCCAAGGGCACAGAUGUUUUCCCCCUGUUAGGCUCAGUCUUACGUGACCCCAAAUACUUCAGCCACCCUGAGAAAUUCUACCCCGGACACUUCCUGGAUGAACAAGGCCGCUUUAAGAAGAAUGACGCUUUUGUGCCAUUCUCCUCAGGGAAACGUGUCUGCCUGGGGGAAGCCAUGGCCCGCAUGGAGCUCUUCCUCUACUUCACCACCAUCCUGCAGAACUUCUCGCUGAAGCCCCUCGUGCCCCCAAAGGACAUUGACAUCACCCCAAAAAUGAGCGGUUUUGGGAAUAUCCCCCCCACGUACCAGCUGUGCUUGAUCCCUCGCUAA